UACUAGUUUUUGUGGUGUAAAAUUCUGUCUGCUGCCACUGUCUCAAAAGGAAAAGCCGAAGGUUGUACGACCAGACUAAUUAGGAUGAAUUGUCAUCUGCUCGACAUGAUGAUUCGUUGCGUAUACCUGCUUCUAUUAGGUCGACUAGUGGUUUUUGCCGAUACGGCCUACGCAUCUUCCCCGUCAAAUUGCAGGCUGAAAACAGUGACGGUAUCUACGUUGCAGGCACUCAGGGAACGGGAGAUGAUGUGGAGCGGCGCUAUUUCUUCACCACCUCCUAGCCCGGGAGAUUCUCGACUUUCCCUUCAGAUCCAUAACGAGGCGCCGGGGAGUGUGUCAGUGAGUGACGAUUUGCAGAACACUGAACCGCCUUUUUUUGCCCUGGAAAUCUCUGGAAAUGUUGAAGACCUUUCUCUUGUGGACUGGACUCAGCAGUGGUUGGCAAAUGGAACCCUUUUCUUCCAUGUUUUCCUGCAUAAUGUAGACCACACCUCCACAAGCAUCCCCCCAACCAUACAAGACCCUUUGCAAGAAAUAGAUGAGCAGUAUCAUGUCCUUAGUGUCUCCAUCAUGGGCGGGCUGAUUGCAAUGCUUCUGCUAUUGCUUGUUUUUUCUGUUGCCCUGUAUGCUCAGCGUCACUGUUACAAGCGGCGGGGGAUUCCACAGAAGAGUGCUAGUACAGAGGCAACUCAUGAAAUCCACUACAUUCCUUCUGUGCUACUGGGAAAUCAUUCACACGACUUUCGAGGUUCAAGAUUGCAACCACACAAUGCAGUUUUGGGAAUGUCCUUACAAGAGACACCUAUUUUGGAUGACUGUGACUGUGAACAUGAGAGUUCACCUUACUGUCCUGAAUUAGGGGCCCGUGCAGCAGAGUACAGGAGUCAUAUGGGUCAAGCAAAUAAGGAAGAGAUGGAGGAACAGAAACGUGGUACCCUAAAGAGUUCACUGAGUCGGUCAGCUAUGACAAUGGUUGGUAUUAGUGCCUGUGUGCUUGCUGUGGUCUGCGGCUCCCAGAUCCCCUGUCAUCUUUCUGUCAAGAUCACACUGCAUGUACCAGAACAUUUUAUUGCUGAUGGAAGCAGCUUUGUGAUACGAGAGGGAAGUUACUUGGAUGUAUCUGACUGGCUGAAUCCAGCCCAGCUGCUUUUGUUUUAUCAAGUAAAUGCUAGUUCUCCUUGGGUGCGAGACUUAUGUGGUCAGAGGACCAUGGAUGCAUGUGAACAGAUAUGCAACCCAAAAACAGGUGACUGCAGUUGUCAUGAGGGCUACUCCCCAGACCCUAAUCAUAGACAUCUCUGUAUACGCAGUGAUUGGGGACAGAGUCAAGGACCCUGGCCUUACAACACACUUGAGAGAGGAUAUGAUCUGGUGACUGGAGAGCAAGCACCAGAGAAGAUAUUGAGGUCCACAUAUAAUCUGGGACAAGGUUUAUGGCUUCCAGUCAGCAAGAGCUUUGUCAUACCCCCUAUGGAGCUAUCAAUAAAUCCCCUGGCAAGCUGUAAAACUGAUGUCCUGGUUACUGAAGACCCUGCUGAUGUACGGACAGAUUCACUUCUGGCGACCCACUUUGAAACUGUAGAUGACCUACUCUCCUCAUUUGGGCCAGUACGGGACUGCUCUUUUGGUAAUGGUGGUUGUUCAAGAAAUUACAAAUGUGUUUCAGAGCGAAAGAUAGACUCCACAGGAUGUGUGUGCCCUGCAGGACUGAGGCCAAUGAAGGAUGGAAGUGGCUGCUAUGAUUAUUCUAAAGGAACUGAUUGCUCAGAUGGAGCCAAUGGUGGCUGUGAACAACUUUGUGUACAGCAGAUAAUUCCUCUUCCACAGGAACCGAGCGAAAGUGCCAUUUACAUGUUCUGCGGGUGUGUGGAAGAAUAUCAACUGGCUCCAGAUGGCAGGUCUUGUCUGACGCUGACUGACAUAUGCGAGGGCCCCAAGUGCCUACAUUCUGACAAUAACCUAAACAACACAUUGUUUGCAGAAAUGCUGCAUGGGUUCAACAACAAAACACAGAGAGCAAAUCAGGGACGUGUUUUCCAGAUGAGCUUCAGGGAGAAUAACUUCAUUAAGGACUUUCCACAACUAGCAGAUGGGUUGUUGGCAAUACCUCUUCCUGUAGAAGAGCAGUGCAGAGGAAUACUUUCUGAACCGCAGCCUGAUUUACAGUCACUUACUGGAAAUGUGAGAUAUAAUGAAGCUAUGGGGUAUCCCAUGGUACAGCAGUGGAGAGUUCGCAGCAAUUUGUACAAAGUGAAACUCAGCUCCAUCACAUUGUCGGCAGGACUUGCUAAUGUGCUAAAGAUCCUAAAUUCUCAGAGUAGCCGAGAAGAAUUACAAAGUGUCAUGCGGUUAUUUGGCUCUCACUACAUCUCAGAAGCACUGUAUGGCUCAGAACUUACAUGUACAAUCCGAUUUCCCAGCAAGAAAGUGCAACAGCAACUGUGGCUCCAGUACCAGAAAGAAACAACAGAGUUGGGGAGCAAGAAGGAGCUGAAAUCUAUGCCAUUUAUUACUUACCUGUCUGGGCUACUUACAGCUCAAAUGCUUUCUGAUGACCAGUUAAUCAUAGGGGUGGAGAUACAUUGUGAAGAGAAGGGGAGAUGCCCGUCUGGAUGCCACCUGUGCAGACAUGCUAAUAAAGAACAAGUCAGCCCUACUCCAGUGCUCUUGGAAAUUAACAAGAUCACUCCACUCUACAUCCUUAUUCAAGAUAAUGCUACUCGAGAGGCCUUUAAAAGAGCUUUUAUGAGCUUAUAUUGGUGCUCUGGAAAAGGAGAAGUAAUUGAAGACUGGUGUCGAUGUGAUUUAAACGCAUUUGAUGAGAAUGGAUUUCCAAAUUGUAGCCCAUUCCCUCCUCCAGCGUUUCAUCUCUCUCCAAACAUGGAGCCAUCAAGCACAGUAGUAGCUGUGGAAUGGCUGGACAUUCAAGUGCCUGUUGGAACUAAGGUUUCAGAUUAUAUCUUGCAUCACAAAAAAGUAGAUGAAUAUACAGACACAGAGUUGUACACAGGUGAGUCCCUGAGUCUUGUGGGCGAUCUAUUAACCGGUUUGGGAACAAGCUGUGUCGCAGCUGGAAGGAGUCAUGGGGAAACCUCUGAAAAAAGUCUGUACUCUGUUAUCUUCAAGUGCCUGGAACCAGAUAGUCUAUACAAGUUCACAUUAUUUGCAGUGGAUACCCAUGGACGGCAUUCUACACAAAACUCAAUAACUUUGCGCACUGCAUGCCCCCUUGUGGAUGAUAGUAAAGCUGAAGAAAUAGCUGACAGAAUCUACACCUUGUACAACGGAUAUACAAGUGGGAAAGAACAGCAGAUGGCAUACAACACCCUCAUGGAGGUUUCUACUUCCAUGCUAGUCCGAAUCCAGCAACACUACAACUCUCUUUAUGAAAAAUUUGGUGACUUUGCCUGGCGCACUGAAGAUGAACUUGGACCACGGAAAGCUCGAUUGGUACUUAGAAGAUUAGAAAGAAUAAGCAGUCACUGUUCAGGCCUGCUCAGAAGUGCUUACAUUCAACAUCGGAUUGACAGCAUUCCUUACUUAAUGUGCCGUAGUGAAGACCUCCCAACUUCUGAAAUAGUUUCUUACAGAAUUCUAAAGGACAAUAAUGUGUUAUGUGAAGAAAAGUUAGUGUCCAUGCCUCGCAAUAUGUAUGGAGACUCAAAAAGCCGAUGACUGUGGCUGCCAGCCUCUCAGCUGCUUUAUACUGUUUGGCAGAAACAUUAGUGGUUAUGCCAGGGUUAAGUAAAAAAUAACAAUGUGAAAUAGAAAAA